CUGCUUCAGUGUCGUUCAAGUCCCAGCAUAACAGUGCGGAACCAGCUCAAAGCCAGUGUUCCCAGUAAAACCCAGUAGUGUCGCGGGUCGCGGAGCGCGCGAGCAGCUUCCGUUAACUUACUGGUGCAAAAAGGCGGGAAAAUGGCCAAGACAUACGACUACCUGUUCAAGCUGCUGCUGAUCGGAGACAGCGGCGUCGGGAAGACCUGCCUGCUGUUCCGGUUCAGCGAGGACGCCUUCAACACCACCUUCAUCUCCACCAUCGGAAUCGAUUUUAAGAUCCGGACGGUUGACCUGGACGGGAAGAAGAUCAAACUUCAAAUCUGGGACACGGCAGGUCAGGAGCGUUUUAGAACCAUCACAACAGCCUAUUACAGAGGAGCCAUGGGCAUCAUGCUGGUGUAUGACAUCACCAACGAGAAAUCCUUUGACAACAUCAGGAACUGGAUACGCAAUAUAGAGGAGCACGCAUCAUCCGACGUGGAGAGGAUGGUUCUGGGAAACAAGUGUGACAUGAAUGACAAGAGACAAGUGUCCAAGGAGAGAGGAGAGAAGCUCGCCAUCGACUAUGGGAUCAAGUUUUUGGAGACCAGCGCUAAGUCCAGCAUCAACGUGGAAGAGGCUUUCCUCACGCUCGCCAGAGACAUCAUGACCAGACUCAACAGGAAGAUGAAUGACAACAACCCACCAGGUGGAGGCGGACCCGUCAACAUCACAGAGUCACGCACCAAGAAGAGCCUGUUCAGGUGUUCACUGUUGUAGGCGGAGCUUCCUGCAGCAGACCGACCACCUGUAGACUCACGAAGACGCCUGCUGUGACUCCUCCUCCUCCUCUUCCUCCUCCUCCUCCUCCACAGUGUCUCCACUUCAGAUGCUGGAGGUGAUUAAGAUGAAGAAAGACUGAGAUGAAGAGCAUCUGUGAUCCAACAUGGAGGACAAACCACCAACAUGGCUGAGAUCAUGGCUCCAGCUGACUCCUGCACGGUUUGCUUUCUCCUUCUCUGAGACCCCUGGUACCCUGCGAACCGGGUCAGAACCGAACCGUGUCGGACCUUCCUGGAAACGUCCUGGAAUCAGCAACAGGACGUUUCCAGGAAAAUUAAACUUUCCUUCAGAUGUAGGAGGUGAAACUUUCCUCCUGGUUUAAAUUUGACUUCUGUUCACCUCAAAGUCUUAAUCUCAGAGGUCAUGUGACCUGCAAUCAGAGCAGGCCACGCCCCCUUCUAUCAGAUUUCACAUUUAAAUGCAGUUUUCAUGUCAGAGAUUUUAGUUUUAGAAACUGAAACUCUCCAAGUGUCUCUGCUCUGACAGUCAAACAAGAGACAAUCCGUCCUGCUGCUUCUAAUGCAAUGACACCUGAGCAACAACAGCCAAUCAGAGGCCAGAGCAGCCAGUAACCACUGAGUCAUCAGCUGCUUCCAUCAGCAAGUUUGUUGUGGUCAGAAGGUAUAGAUGCAGGUUUGGUUUGGCCACGCCCCCUGCUGUCCCGAGCUGAUGCCUAUAGUUGCUGUGGUUCCGAGCUUCUGCAGGACGGAGCUUUGGAGGUGGAGCUGCAGCACAGCAGAGAGGGACGUGGACGGCUACGAGCUGACUCCUGGGACGUCAACUCCACUGUGGAAAAAGUGUUUCUGAUCAAUAAUCAGUGUUAUGUAACCAAAACAAUAUUUCAGUGUGAAAGAAAAAAGUUGUUUUCCUAUAAACAAUUUGUUUUAAUGUUUUCAAACUUCCGUAUUUCAUAGGAACAAACCGACUGUUUAUCUGUAAUUUGAAGUUUUCUGAAGUAUCUGCUGCUCCGUCUCUGAUUGGUCAGUUAUAGUCAGACCUUUCGAGUCUGAACCGGACCAGACCCGACUGAACCGGACCGACCCGUCAGCUGCUCAUGGAGCGUGUUGGUGUGUUUCUCUGUAACUCGCUAUGCAAAAACCAGGUUUUGUUUGUUCCUGAGCUUCACGGAUAAUCAGACGUAUUGAUCAGCUGAUCGAUCGGGACAUUGAUGAGGAUCAUGUUUGUUUUUUUAUUGUUUACAGAUUUAUUUUCAUGUCACUGUGUUGAAGCCUUCUUAAUUAACUCUGUUGUCAUGGAAACAUGGAGGAUUUUUUUAAAUAAACUUGUUUUAUAAUUGUG